AUGAAGUUCACAACCACCCUUUUCGCCCUUUUGACCGCCGUUGCCGCUGAAAACUGGUCCACCUACCCAGCCGUGCCUAAAACAGCCUCCAUCAACGGCUUGGCCGAUCCAAUCAACGACAAAUUGCCCGAAUGUGCUAAAGAGUGUUUCGCCAAAGACACCUCCUCAACACCUUGUCCCUACUGGGAUACAGGCUGUCUCUGUGUGAUGCUGCCUUGGACGGAGCCUGUGGGAGAGUGUAUUGCUGAAAAGUGCCAGGGUGACGAUGUGAAGAGUGCUACUUCUUUGGCACAGAGUGCCUGUAAGUCUGCCGGUGUGUGGGAGCCAUAUUUCAUUAUUGGCGAUGAUGUUUCGGCUUCUUUGGACGCCGCUGCCGUGUCUCCAGCCACCACCCAGGCUCCAUAG